GGAUCCCGUACUUUGAGACGUCGGCAGCGACGGGGUCUGAGGUGGACAAGGCGGUCCUCACUCUACUAGACCUGGUCAUGAAGAGGAUGGAGCAGUGUGUCGACAAGCCCACCUCCGAGCCCGCCAACGGGGGAGGGGCCACCAAACUGGAGGACGCUGCGCCUGACCAGAAGAAGUGUGCAUGCUAGACCUGGCCUCUUCCACGUCCCCUUCUCCCUACUCUGGUUGGUCCUCUAGURCGCCCUCUGGUGGCCAGACGCAGAAGGGCAGCAGCGUGGCCACAGCAUGAUGUGUGAGGGGGCAGCUCAGUCAGCCACACUGCAAUGGGGCUGUGGUUCUGGCCUUGCAUGGCCUGUGUGUACUGUGCUGGGCCUGGCUAUGUGUCUCUCCUGCCUGUCCUGUGUUGUGUUGUAUUGUGUCUCAAAUCUCACCCUGUUCCCUUACAAAUAGGGCAUUACAUUUGACCAGAGCCUAUAAGGGUGUGCACUAUGUACAUUGCCUUGGACGUAAUGGACAAGACAGCGGGACGAGGUGGAGCUGAGUUCAUUAUCUCCAAGGUAAUGUACACAAUGGAGGCAUUUAUCCCGCUUAUACCACAGUUGCCAAAGAAAACAAUACUGAAGUAGACAUUUUCUGGUGGAAAUGUUUUCAUAGAUUUUUUUUUAUUUUUAUUCAUUAAAAGUCAAAUUAAUACUUUUUC